UGAUCGAUAGAAACACUCAGUGUGAAACAUGUCUGGAAGAGGUAAAGGCGGUAAGGGACUCGGGAAAGGAGGCGCUAAGCGUCACCGUAAAGUUUUGCGCGAUAACAUCCAGGGUAUCACCAAACCCGCUAUUCGUCGUCUGGCUCGCCGCGGCGGCGUCAAGCGCAUCUCCGGUCUGAUCUACGAGGAGACCCGCGGAGUGUUGAAGGUGUUUCUGGAGAACGUGAUCCGCGAUGCCGUCACCUACACCGAGCACGCCAAGAGAAAGACCGUCACCGCCAUGGAUGUUGUGUACGCGCUGAAGAGACAGGGACGCACCCUGUACGGCUUCGGGGGAUAAACGCCUGAAACAAACCACAUUAAACAAAAGGCUCUUUUAAGAGCCACACACUCUGACACAUAAAGAGUCAAUGUUUUGAUUAUACCAAUCAUUAAACUAAUUUGUUUUCUGAAUCUAUGACACCCCACCAAAUAUCUUUACACAGAGUCUUACAAACAUUUGCUUUUCUUUAGCAGAUGGUAAGUACAUAAAUAACUCAUUGUUUUUGAAUUACUCGCUAAACAAUUUAACGAACGCUCUUUUCCAAAAUUAACAAGAAAAAAACAAAUACAUAUUAUUUAAGUGAAAAUGUUUGUAUUGUGCACACACGGUCAAGUGGGCUUUGUUCAUGAUGCGCAAUAUUAGAACCGAUUCUUUUCGAACAAAAAAUA